UGGCUAUGUCUUUAAUUGUCAAAUUCUCAUAGACAUUAUUCAUUUUAAUGGAAUGUUUUUUACCUACAUAACGUGUCACUAUCUACAAUUUAUAGCAUGUGGCGAUUUAGGUUAUAUCAUCAAUAUUUUUGAUCGCCAUAUCAGCAGUGAAUCGGUUAGAUUAAACAAACUCAGCACUCAUGUUACGAAAUGAAUAAACUCCAUUGUAUCACGUACUUAAGAAAAUGAUGUACUCUUGUAAUAUUAUCUUUCAAUUCAACAAUCAUUCUUAUUAAAAAUACAUAACAAGCACUGCAGCACUAUUGCAUUCCUACGUGCAUAUACUCGCUUAUCAGACGUACAUAUGUAAAUGCAAUUUCUUGAGCAAAUUUCGAAUCCCAUACAAAUGAGCAAACUUAACCAAUGUAUUAAAAAUCUAAUUAUUAUUAAUUGCCGAUUACUAAAUGAAGGUAGCUAUUAUUAAUAUUUUAAUGAGAAGUAAAAUCAGUAAUCAAAACCUUGUUGGAACGAUCAUUUAUUCAUAUAUACAUAAAUGAAACAAACUAUUUGCGAUAAUAUCUUUUACUAAACAUGUUGAACAAAAAGUAUGUAGACCUGCUAUGUGUUACUUAGCAACGGAUAGAAAAACAAUUUUCACUUGGCGUAUGUUUCAUUGUGAAGCAUGGUUAUUACAUAAAAAUAAGACGCUUUUUAGUGGUUAGUAGUCAAAAUUUUAAGUACAUGAAGUAUUAUUUAAUUUUAUAUAAAUCUAGUAAAAAAUAGAGCAACAACUCCGCCUGAGAAUAGUGGAAAACACGAGAAAUGAUGAAAUGGAAUAGAAGCGAAACUAGCCUAAAAAGUAGUGCGUACAAUCAUAAUGGGCAAAACUAUUUUGAGCAAUUGACAGCGUACAAUUCAAUGAGUUCGCACUUACGCCGCGUUUUACUUGCAAAAUGUGUUAUCGACUCGAGAAACAAAAACUGUACAAGCAGAAAAAAACAAUUCUGCAAACAAGUUGAAUGCAAGCCGCAUUUUACGAAGAGAAGGAUUACGAAUGACUUAAUUGACCGAUUAGCAUACGACAGUUUGCAUCAUGCAGCGGAUAUUUUACGAAUACAUUACAAUUCAAGAUAUUUACGUCGUGAUGGAAAUCAAAGGUAUUUCUUUGAUACUUACGAUUAUGAUGCAAUUCGUUCACAGUUAAGUUUGCACGAUCACACAAUUUGUUCAAGAUCACCGAUAUUCAAACCAAAUAAGUUAGAAACAUUUACAUACAGUGAUAAACAAAUGGGCGAACAAAAGAGAAAAACUAUGUUAAAGGGACAAGAAAUGUCGCAUCAUCGACACGAUAGAGAUUCGAUAUUUUACGAAAGAGUUCCCGAUUUUCCAACGCACGAGGCUGAUCAUCCCUCGACUGAGGUUGAUUCAACAAGACGUAACGAAAACUUUGAAACUAAUACGAAACCGGAUUUAACGUUAAACCAGAAAAUUUGCGCAAAAGAGGAAGAAGCGAAGUAUGUAAAUUUCGUAUACGAAAUCACGCACGAUAUACUAUAUAAUCGUUUGUAUACCGAUGAACAGUUGCGGGAGGUAUUCAAGAAGCACUUGGAAAGAAAUAAAGAAUUUCUAAAUAUGAAUAAAAUGAUAUACGAAAUCUAUCAGUUGAAGCUCGCUUUGGGUGUUCCGGACGAUUCGGAUGACGAGGAAUUGGAUAUUCUUAUUUAUGACCGACGAUUUUCUAAUAAUGCUGAUCCUCGACCUCCCACGCCUCCUAAAGUUUUGAACGAGAACAAAAUCAUAGAAAAGUUAAUGUCGUUUCAGACAGAGAACAAUGAAAAGAAACGUAAAUCAAGCGUUACCGAUAAGUCUGUUGUAUUAGUCGAUGCGAAUCCUGAAUUAAUCCUAACUGAAAGAGAUGUGCUUACAUCGUUGAUAGAAUUAAAUAUCAAUCCAGACCAAGCAGAGAAAAUUUAUAAAAGGCUUUCUGCCAAAAGUCAAGAAUUGAUUCACAGAUUCACGGAUCUGGCACAUGAGAAUAAUCAACAGAGAACGGAACAAUCAAACGCUAAUGAAACAAUGAACAUAAAUGAUUGGCUUGAUUCCAGUUUAAUAGAAUCAAAUAAUUCAAAUGAAAUGGACGAUCAAGAAAAAGGUUCUACGACACAUGACCUGAUAAUGCAGGAAGACAAAGGUGUACAAAUUUAAACAACAUUUCGUCCACAAUCUAAAAUUAUAAAGAAAAUUACAGAUCCUAUAACAGUGCUCGACAAAAAGAUCGAAUUACAAUAACUGUCUUCAUAGAAACGAACGUUAAUUCAAGGAAAACAUUUUAUUCGUUGCAUGUUUUUUUGUUAUUAGAGAUAAGUCUUACUACGACAUCAGUUCUUUAUUGAGUUUGUAUCCUACAUAUCAACAAAGACAAAAUAUGCAGUGAAAAAAUACACGUUUCAGAUACACACAUAUAAUUACAAUAUAUACGUGGUCCAUUUAAAUAAUAUAUAGUAUUUAUAUAUUAAACGUAUAUAUUACAAUUAUAGACGUAUGUUUACACAUUUUUAUAAUACAGUUGCUUUAGACAUUGCACAGACACUGUUAUGUUUGUGUACGUAUUGUAUAUUACACAAAAGUAUACAUAGGAUAUAAAACUAAAACGGAUGUUUUCUUAUUAACAAUACAUCCAUUUCUUAUGUUAUUAUACAGAUCCGAAUGUG